GAAAAAGAUUAAAGAAGAAAGGGGGGAAAAGGCGGCCGUACAUAGUCAGUCGUCUCUGCUCACUAGGACUCCCGUUGAUCCUUUCUUGAAGCCACCCCUCCCAACUUCGAAUCGUAAUGGUCGGGGGUGUUGCCGGCGGCGUGACGCCCGCACCCGCCGCCGGUGGAUUCAGGGCGGAGCCACAGUACGUCUCGGCGAAGACUUCCGUCUGGUGGGACAUCGAGAACUGCCAGGUCCCCAAGAACUGCGACGCCCACGCGAUUGCACAGAACAUCAGCUCCGCCCUCGCCCGCCUCAACUACUGCGGCCCCGUCUCCAUCUGCGCCUACGGCGACACCAACCGAAUUCCGCCUCUCGUUCAGCAGGCUCUCUCAAGCACCGGCGUCACCCUCAAUCACGUCCCCGCCGCAGGUGUGAAAGAUGCUAGUGAUAAGAGAAUCCUGGUUGACAUGCUAUUCUGGGCGGUUGACAACCCUGCGCCGGCGAAUUACUUGCUUAUAUCUGGAGAUCGCGAUUUUUCCAAUGCCCUUCAUCAGCUUCGGUUUCGGAGAUACAACAUCCUGUUAGCGAAGCCGCAGAAGGCUUCAGUUCCCCUUGUUGCCGCUGCCACCGCGGUUUGGCUCUGGUCUAGCCUUUGCACAGGCGGUGCUCCAAUGCCUACAACUGUAUCUUCUCAAACCUCCGGCGGUGAUAAUGACAACCAGACUAGUUCCACCACUGGAAUGCCACAGAGCGGUAGGCAUUCGGGUGAGCCUGUGAGACCUAAAGGCCCUGUGCAGCCUGUCACUUCUACAGCUACUACUGCUGGAUUUGGGAAUCAUAGUUCCUAUGGUAAUAGCAGUGGCAAUGCUUUUGAUCCCGGAUUGAACGGGAAGCACUUUCGUAGUAACGGGAACGCAGCAGCUAACCAAGUUGGAGGCCAGGGAAAUAUGCAAGCAAAGCAGUUUAAGAAGGCUCCGCACGAGUUCUUUGGAGGCGGAGAGCCCGGGAAUAGUUAUUCUGGUAAUGCCUUUACAAAUACAUCUUAUGCUACCAUGGGAAAUCCUAGUAGUAACGACAUGUACAUCAACCUGAAUCAGCAUAACCCAACUGACCAAAACUAUCCUUUGAGGCCUAAUAUCUCACCCCAGCAACACCAACCUACUUUUGCAUCAGAUCAUAUGCCUACUACUCAUCAUAAUCAUGGGUAUCGUCCGAUCCUACCCAGACCCGAUUUUAGAUAUCCAUCACCCUCUGUUCCACCCAGACCUGAUUUUAGAUAUUCAGCACCUCCUGUUCCACCCAGACCUGAAUUUAGACAUUCAGCACCUUCCUUUCCCAAUGCGCCUGACAUUGGGAAGCUAAGUAUGUCUCAAACCCCAAAUUAUGCUCCAAAUUCUUCUAAUUUCAGUCGUGAACCUCCACUAGAGUACAAUGCAGGCUCUUUUCAGUCUUUGCAUGUUUCUUCGUUUAAUGCACCACCUCCAAACCAUGUCAUGCAUGAGCAUGGUGGCCAGGCCAAAUAUUGGCGCCCUCGUGGUCCUUCACCUCCGCAAAACUUAUGUACCCUCUCCACUAGUACUAGUGUGUCUUCCAAUGAUGCGACUCAAGAAACUCAACAACAGUUGGCUCCUUCAGAUUAUUUUAAUGGCCUUAUUACGGCUAUCCUCCGUGCUCUAGAUAUCCUGAAGCACGAAAAAGUAACUCCAAGCAAAGCAAACGUUAGUUACUGCAUCCGUUUUGGGGAGAAUAAAGAACAUCAGAAUGUUGAUGUGGAGGUGGCUCUUGACUAUGCAAUCAAGUAUAAGAAGGUAGUAAAGCAAACAACAGGUUCCUUCCAGGUGUUUAUCCCUAAGAAUGGGAAUCUGUGGAUGUGUGUGAAUCCUAAAUGUCCCGAUCCUGAAAAGUACCCAGCAGGAACGUGGGAUAAGAUAAAGAAGUUUAUAACUUCUGAGAACGGGAGAUCAGCAUUGUUGGCUUCUGAAUGCAGAUAUGAAGCUGCUUUGAUUCUGAAACGCGCAUGCUUGGAAGAUCUUGUGUUAGGCGAGGUUUUAUGUAUCAUAGAGAUGAUGAUUGAUAUGAAGAAAUGGAUUGGUCCUCAUGAAUCAGGAUGGCAACCUGUCAGUAUUAUAUCCUGCGAAGAGUUUAAGAUCCGAGAGAAAAAGUGCCAAGGAGGCGCCACAAUAUAAUCAUUGACGGACACUAUUGAAGUAAAAGGAAAACGAAGGUAACGAUUCGAGGGAGAGAGUAUUAGUAAUACUAGUGGUCUGGUAGGCUGUGAAUCAGUCAAUUAAAGGCAGAGCUACUUUAGUAUGUUUUACUUGCUUUCACUUGAGAAGUAACCAGGUGUGAAGGAGGUGGAAUGAAAGAUUCAUCGUAUUCGAAUUUACAAGUUGAUAUCUGCUCUGGACAAGUCUUGCUUGCUAGAUACAGAUAACAAGGUAGUCAUCAGGAGAAGAUCAAACUUGUUGGCUUAUCAAGGUCAUGAAGCAUCGAAGAACGGGCUAUGAAUGUGGUAUAUGCAGUACAGCAUAUGCGUUUCGAUUAUUUUGUUUUUGCGUUGGGGAUUAGAAUUCAGAAGCUGGGUUUGAGCAGCUUUACAUAGUCGGUUGGGAUGACUCUUUUAACUGAAACAUGAAAGUGUCUGAACAGGCUGUAAUUGUUCUUUCCUGUUCCGGUGAUUCUGCUAGCAUUUUGGGGUGGUCUCUCUUUAUUUGAACUAUUUCAUUUUCACGUGUAAUGUCUUGUUAUCUAGGGUUGAAGGAUUCUGUUUCUACUAUUGGUAUGGGUAGAGUCCCUACCCAUUCUCAUAUCUGGUGAUGAGAAGUGAGCAUAUGCUUUUGCUGUCUUUCUUAUUGAAUACUCAUGUAUAUGAUAGUUGUGGAGAGAUAAACAUUCUUAUGGUCUUGGUAGGUUACAUAUUUCACUUAUCUGUUUUGAUUGGUUUUGAGUGGGGUUAGAUCUAUGUAGGAAUGGUACAAUAAUCAAUCAAUGUGAG